AUGCGUCCCGAAGUCGAGCAAGAUCUCGCCCACACGCUCCUCGUCGAGCUUCUGGCAUACCAGUUCGCCUCGCCAGUGAGAUGGAUUGAGACCCAAGAUGUUAUUCUCGAGGCCAACAGGACAGAGAGGAUUGUGGAGAUCGGACCUGCGGACACACUUGGUGGAAUGGCUAAACGGACAUUAGCGUCAAAAUAUGAGGCAUACGACGCAGCCACUUCUGUUCAACGUCAGGUCCUUGCAUAUAGUAAAGAUGGGAAACAGAUCUACUACGAUGUCGAUCCAGUCGAGGAUGAAUCAGCACCUCCAGCAGCUGAUGGCAGUGGUAGCGCGGUAGCCAAUGCACCCUCUUCUACGCCAGCUACAGCUCCUGCUCCAGCUACUGCUGCACCUGCUGCGAGUGCAGGUCCCGCCGCAGCUGUAGCUGAUGUGCCAGUCGCUGCCGUUGACGUUCUUCGCACUCUGGUUGCCCAGAAGCUCAAGAAAUCACUCACCGACAUUCCCCUCACCAAAGCCAUCAAAGAUCUUGUUGGGGGUAAGUCGACAUUGCAGAAUGAGAUCCUUGGUGAUUUAGGCAAAGAAUUCGGAUCAACACCAGAGAAGCCAGAAGACACCCCUCUCGAUGAGCUCGGAGCUUCGAUGCAAUCAACAUUUAAUGGACAGCUUGGGAAGCAGUCUUCUUCCUUGAUCGCUCGCCUGGUCUCGUCAAAGAUGCCGGGAGGUUUCAACAUUACAGCCGUUAGAAAACACCUCGAGACAAAGUUUGGUCUCGGUUCUGGCAGACAAGAUGGGAUCUUACUCCUUGCCCUGACCAUGGAGCCCGCCUCCCGCCUCGGAUCUGAAAACGAUGCCAAAGCAUACCUCGAUGACGUUGCCGGUAAAUAUGCUGCCACUGCUGGCAUCGACCUGUCGGCACCAGCAGCUGGCACACAAGGUGGAGGAGGUGCUGGCAUGAUGAUGGAUCCUGCCGCCAUCGAUGCUCUGACCAAAGACCAGCGAGCGCUUUUCAAACAACAGUUAGAACUCUUUGCUCGCUACUUGAAGAUGGACCUUCGAGCUGGCGAAAAAGCUUUUGCAGGGUCGCAGGAAUCUGCCAAAGCACUUCAAGCUCAACUUGACCUUUGGAAUACCGAGCAUGGCGAGUUCUACGCAUCUGGUAUUGAGCCGUCCUUCAAUCCUUUGAAGGCGCGAGUCUACGACUCUUCAUGGAAUUGGGCUCGACAAGACGCCCUCAGCAUGUAUUAUGACAUAAUUUUUGGACGACUGAAGGCAGUCGAUCGAGAGAUUGUGAGCCAAUGCAUUCGCAUCAUGAACCGGUCGAACCCGCUUUUGCUAGACUUCAUGCAGUAUCACAUUGACAACUGUCCUACCGAACGAGGCGAGACUUACCAACUUGCAAAAGAACUGGGUGAACAACUGAUCGAAAAUUGCAAGGAUGUCCUUGACGAGGCUCCCGUUUACAAAGACGUUGCCAUUCCUACUGGCCCUCAGACCACUGUGGAUGCCCGCGGAAAUCUUGAGUACAAGGAAGUCCCCAGAACCAGUGCUCGAAAGCUUGAACAUUACGUUCGCGAAAUGGCAGAAGGAGGGAAGAUCUCGGAAUACAGCAACCGCACAAAAGUGCAAAACGACCUACGCAGCGUGUACAAGCUUAUUCGCAAGCAGCACAAGCUUUCAAAAGCAUCUCAGCUCCAAUUCAAUGCCCUGUACAAAGACGUUAUUCGCGCGCUAGCCUUGAACGAGAGCCAAAUCAUGCCACAAGAGAACGGCGAGGUUAAAAAGCCUGGCCGAAAUGGAUCACUCUCAAGACUAGCAGUGAAUGGCACUCCGAAGCCUGGCAAAACCGAGACCAUCCCAUUCUUGCAUUUGAAGCGGAAAGAGGAACAUGGUUGGGAGUACAGCAAAAAGUUUACCGGCCUCUACCUUGAUGGCCUAGAGCAAACUGCCAAGUUAGGUCUUACAUUCCAGGGCAAGAUGGCUUUGAUGACUGGUGCUGGCGUUGGCUCCAUCGGCGCUGAAGUCCUCCAGGGAUUGAUCAGUGGUGGUGCCAAAGUCGUCGUAACCACAAGUCGAUUCUCUCGUGAGGUCACCGAAUACUACCAGUCAAUGUAUGCUCGCUUUGGUGGACGCGGCUCACAGUUGAUUGUUGUGCCAUUCAACCAAGGCAGCAAGCAAGACCUCGAAGCUCUCGUUGACUACAUUUACGAUAACAGAAAAGGCCUCGGCUGGGACCUUGACUUCAUCAUUCCGUUUGCUGCUAUUCCCGAAAAGGGCCGCGAGAUUGACGGCAUUGACUCACAAUCUGAGCUAGCUCACCGGAUUAUGUUGACGAACGUCAUCAGAAUGCUAGGUGCUGUCAAAAGUCAGAAACUUGAGCGUGGCUUCAAUACUCGUCCCGCUCAGGUUAUUCUGCCCUUGUCGCCAAAUCACGGAACAUUCGGAAACGAUGGGCUGUACUCCGAGUCGAAACUGGGUUUAGAGACUCUGUUCAAUCGCUGGUAUACGGAGAGCUGGGGCGACUUUCUCACCAUCUGUGGUGCAGUCAUAGGCUGGACUCGUGGGACUGGCCUUAUGAGUGGCAACAACGUUGUUGCGGAUGGUGUUGAGAAGCUUGGUGUGCGCACGUUCUCGCAGCAGGAGAUGGCAUUCAAUCUCCUUGGACUCAUGUCUCCUACCAUCGUCAACCUAUGUCAAUCCGAACCAGUCUUCGCCGAUCUCAAUGGAGGACUUCAAUUCCUACCGGAUCUCAAGGAUUUGAUGACAAAGCUUCGAUCGGAGAUUAUGGAAACCAGCGCCGUCCGACAGGCUGUCACCAAGGAAACUGCUCUGGAGAACAAGAUCGUGAACGGGAAAGACAGCGAGGCCCUUUACAAACAGGUCAAGAUUGAGCCCCGUGCGAAUCUCAAGUUCGAAUUCCCUGAACUGCCGAAAUGGAAAGAAGAUAUCGAGCCUCUGAAUAAAAGCCUCAAAGGAAUGGUUGACCUCGAUAAGGUUGUAGUUGUCACCGGAUUCUCGGAAGUGGGCCCCUGGGGCAAUUCUCGCACUCGAUGGGAAAUGGAGGCCUAUGGCAAGUUCUCGAUUGAAGGUUGUGUGGAAAUGGCCUGGCUCAUGGGACUCAUCAAAAACCAUAAUGGCCCGCUCAAGGGCAAAACUUACUCCGGAUGGGUUGACGCGAAGACCAGCGAGCCAGUUGAUGACAAAGAUGUGAAGGCCAAAUACGAGAAGCAAAUUCUCGAGCACUCUGGUAUUCGUCUCAUCGAGCCCGAGUUGUUCAGAGGCUAUGACCCCAACAAGAAGCAGCUUCUUCAAGAAGUCCAGAUUGAAGAGGACCUGGACCAAUUUGAAGCAUCAAAAGAAACUGCCGGGGAGUUCAAGCGCGAGCAUGGGGAUAAGGUUGAAACGUUUGAACUCGAAUCGGGGGAGUAUAGCGUCCGCGUCAAGAAAGGUGCAACACUCCUCAUCCCCAAGGCUCUCAAAUUUGACCGCCUUGUGGCUGGUCAGAUCCCCACUGGAUGGAGCGCCAAGCAAUACGGUAUCCCAGACGAUAUUAUUGAGCAAGUUGAUCAGGUCACUCUAUUCGUCUUGGUCUGCACAGUGGAGUCUCUACUUGCUUCUGGUAUCACCGAUCCUUACGAGUUCUACAAAUAUGUGCACUUGUCGGAAGUUGGUAACUGCAUUGGCUCUGGAAUCGGUGGCACUACUGCUCUCCGUGGUAUGUACAAGGAUCGAUUCCUCGACAAGCCGGUGCAGAAGGACAUUCUCCAAGAGUCUUUCAUCAACACGAUGUCUGCCUGGGUCAACAUGUUGCUUCUAUCAUCUACCGGCCCCAUCAAAACUCCCGUUGGUGCUUGUGCAACUGCUGUUGAGUCUAUUGACAUCGGUUACGAGACCAUCGUGGAGGGAAAGGCGCGAGUCUGCUUUGUUGGUGGCUUUGACGACUUCCAAGAGGAAGGCUCAUACGAAUUCGCCAACAUGAAGGCUACUAGCAAUGCGGAGGACGAGUUUGCCCAUGGACGCACGCCCGGAGAGAUGUCCCGUCCUACCACAACGACUCGAAAUGGCUUCAUGGAGUCUCAAGGCUGUGGCAUGCAAGUGAUCAUGUCUGCUCAACUAGCCCUAGAUAUGGGUGUGCCAAUCUACAGUAUCCUUGGUCUAACCGCCACUGCUACUGACAAGAUUGGGCGUUCUGUUCCGGCACCAGGACAAGGUGUUCUUACCACGGCUCGCGAGAACCCCGGCAAAUUCCCAUCACCAUUGCUCGACAUUAACUACCGAAGAAGACAACUCGACUUGCGCAAGAAGAAUAUCAAAGCUUGGCAAGAGUCUGAGCUCGUCUAUCUGCAAGAAGAACUUGCUGCCAUGAAGGCGCAAGCCGAGUUUGGCUUCAACGAGGCGGAAUACAUGCAAGAUCGUGCAGAUCACAUCGAGCGAGAAGCCAAACGCCAGAUCAAAGAGGCGCAAUACAGCUUCGGCAACAAUUUCUGGAAAAAGGAUUCCCGCAUUGCUCCGCUUCGUGGCGCCCUGGCAACAUGGGGCCUAACUAUCGACGAUUUAGGUGUCGCUUCCUUCCACGGAACCUCUACCGUUGCCAACGACAAGAACGAGUCAGAUGUUAUCUGCCAACAGAUGAAGCAUCUUGGGCGCAAAAAGGGAAAUGCUCUGCUCGGCAUCUUCCAGAAGUACCUGACCGGCCAUCCAAAGGGUGCUGCAGGAGCUUGGAUGUUCAACGGGUGCUUGCAAGUCCUCAACUCUGGGUUGGUACCAGGAAAUCGCAAUGCCGACAACGUUGAUCAGAUCAUGGAGAAGUUUGACUACAUCUGCUACCCCAGCAAGUCAAUUCAAACCGAUGGUGUGAAAGCAUUUUCCGUCACCUCUUUCGGCUUCGGACAGAAAGGCGCUCAAGCGAUUGGUAUCCACCCUAAGUAUCUCUAUGCAGCACUGGAUCAAGCUGAAUUUCAGCGAUACAAGGGCAAAGUAGAGGCUCGACAGAAGAGAGCCUACCGGUAUUUCCACAAUGGUCUUAUCAACAACACUCUUUUCGUCGCAAAAACGCAUUCGCCAUACGCCGACACUCAACAGAGCCAGAUUUUCCUGGACCCGGACUCGCGAGUAUCAGUUGACGAAAAGACGUCUGAACUUACCUUCCCCACCUCCAUACCGAAGAAGGUUGAAGAUGCAAAAUCCAAGUCGACAAAGGAAAUGCUCAAGUCCCUCGCUGAGGCUACGGCGUCGCAGGGUUCGAAGGUGGGUGUAGACGUUGAGGAAAUUGGAGCAAUCAACAUCGAGAACGAGACUUUCGUGGAGAGGAAUUUUACACCAAAAGAGCAGGCAUAUUGCAAGAAAGCGCCCUCACCCCAGGCAUCCUUUGCAGGCCGGUGGAGUGCCAAGGAGGCGGUCUUCAAGUCUUUGGGCGUAUCCAGUAGAGGUGCUGGUGCAGCGUUGUCAGAAAUAGAAAUCAUCAAUGAUGAGAAGGGUGCUCCAACUGUCUCGUUACACGGUGAAGCAGCUGCAGCUGCCAAGAAUGCUGGUGUGAAGAAUGUCAGUGUCAGCAUCAGCCAUAGCGAUACGCAAGCAAUUGCUAUUGCUGUAUCUGCUUUCUAG